UAUAUAGUUUAGCGUACCCAUGUGGCUGCUUUUGUUAUUUUCGUGGCGUUGUUAUUCAGAGCAUAGUUUCCAUUAACAGUACUUAAAAACUACGUAAGAGUGAUGCACACAUAGUAAAGAAAGAAACGUGGCUCAUUACUGAACCACUACUACAAUGAGUAAAUACGAUGACUUGAAGUUUCCCUUCUGUGAAGAAGAAACAAAAUAUGAGAAGCUUACAAAAAUUGGCCAGGGGACAUUCGGUGAGGUGUUCAAGGCUCGGGACAAAAAGACCAAAAAGUUGGUUGCAAUGAAAAAGGUUCUCAUGGAAAAUGAGAAAGAAGGGUUUCCUAUCACUGCAUUACGUGAAAUUAAAAUCCUACAGCUGCUAAAGAAUGAAAAUGUUGUUGAGCUACUUGAAAUCUGUAGAACCAAAGCAUCUCCCUAUAAUCGCUGGAAGAGUACAUUCUACCUUGUAUUUGAGUUCUGUGAGCAUGACCUGGCUGGACUGCUUAGCAAUGUCAACGUCAAGUUCACAUUGGGAGAGAUAAAAAAAGUUAUGAUGCAGCUUCUGAAUGGGCUGUUCUUCAUUCAUAGCAACAAAAUCUUGCAUCGUGACAUGAAGGCUGCAAACAUCCUUAUCACCAAAAGUGGGGUGCUCAAGCUUGCAGACUUCGGUUUGGCUCGUGCCUUCAGCUGCAAAGGUAUGAAAGGGAUGCCCAACAGAUACACAAAUCGUGUUGUGACCUUGUGGUAUCGCCCACCAGAGCUGCUGCUGGGUGAACGUAACUAUGGCCCAGCCAUCGACCAGUGGGGUGCUGGCUGCAUCAUGGCAGAGAUGUGGACCCGCAGUCCCAUCAUGCAGGGCAAUACAGAGCAGCACCAGCUGCAGCUCAUCUCACAGCUGUGUGGCUCCAUUACACCAGAUGUCUGGCCGGGUGUGGAGAAUCUGGAACUGUAUGGGAAAUUGGAGUUGCCAAAAGGACAGAAGCGCAAAGUGAAAGAGCGCCUGAAGCAUUAUAUCAAGGACCAGUAUGCCCUUGACCUUUUAGACAGACUUCUGACUCUUGACCCCACUAAACGCAUUGAUACAGACAGUGCCCUCAACCAUGACUUCUUCUGGAAUGACCCAAUGCCUUGUGAUUUGACUCCAAUGCUUUCGCGGCAUGGCACUUCCAUGUUUGAAUAUCUGGCUCCUCCUCGUCGGCGAGUUCCUCAUCCACAUCAACAACCACCCAAACAGCCACCAAAUCCAGACCAGCACUUUGAACGCAUAUUUUGACCGUAGAUUUUGAGAAGGGCAAGAUGCUCACUGUGUUCAUGGCAGGAAAAAAGGAAAGGUCCAGUUGAUAUUGGGAUUCUCAUGCUUUUUAUUUUUUCUAAAUCAAAAUUUGCAUUUUCCUUCUUAGUAGAAUCUUGUGGUUUCUGUCAUGUGAAAAAGAAAUUGUGCAAGUUCGAAUCUUGGAACAAGUGACUGACAUUCAUACAGUACUUGACAGGGCUAAGAUAUGCGCAUAUAGAAAAAUAAAAAAGAAGGGGGGCAGGACAAACAGCUAAUGCGUGGACAAGCUUGUAAUGAGGAAGUGCAGCCACGGCUAAACAGCAGAAGGAAUUGGCACUGCAUUGGUAUCACAAACUUCUGUGGGUAUGUUUAGAGUUGGAUGCUAUUGGUUUUGGAUCCAGCCAUUUCUUGUGUGGAUUCUCAGUGCAAUGGUUAUGGAUGCCAGAGUGCACAAGGAUUUGCCAAAGUUUGCUUGAACUGUUGGAAACAGAAAUGUGUUGAUCCUACACUGCAUAGUUUUGUUUAGUCCUUGCUGCUUCUUGAGGAGCAUAGGGCCACAGCACUGCAUAGCCAUGUCAAUUUGACUAGCCCAGAUAGAAGCAAACACUCAUUUUAAUGAAAAAAAACUUUCUUUUAUAUGAAAAGGCUGAUAAUUUUGUAUACUUAAGGUAUGUUUCUGACAGAGAGAGAGUGCGUAUACAAACAGAUGGGCAUAUAUGUUUGCAUGCCUAUACACAUACAAUGGCAGUGGUGAGUACUGUUAUUUUUUACUGAAGCUGCAGCUAACAUGAUACUGUGUUGCAUUGCUAUUCCUUCUACUUGUGCACAGAAUGGUGUUGGGCAAAAGCUGAAAUCAUUGCUUUAGAUGCUGAUGUUUGCGUUGCCACUAAUUUAUAAUUUUGUUCCUUUUUUUUAAAAACCUAAAUGCAAGUAAACCAGUUUUUUUUUUAAGUAUUCACAUAUCCUUGACAGUGGCUUUCAUCAGAGCAUAUACUUGCUUAAACUGCUAAAUUGUCUGUGAAAUACACAUUUUGAUACUAUGUGUUCUGUGGGCAUUGUACACACUUCAUAUAAUUUUUUCAAGCAUUCGGGGCUUUAAUGUACAAAUCAAUGUACUUACAUUCAAUAUUAUCCCAUUACAGCAGUUAAGUGUUCAUACAUAAAUUACAUUUUUGUGCCACAUUUAUAAUUUCUGUGCAUUUUUCAUGCUACUAUGUAAGUGACCAAUACAAUGUUUUUCAUCUUUAGUUAUUCCAUAUUAUGAAAUUUUUAUAGUAGAUCACCAAAUUAAGUUCUUUGUGUUGACAACUAUUAAUUUUUUUUCAAUUGUUAUUUGAAGAGAUGUAAAAGUGAUUAAUAUAUUAUUCAACUGAGUAUUCUUUGUUGGGUAUUGGCUGACUAGUCUGCAUUCAAUAUAUUUGCAAGUUUCUUUACUGUGUCAUGAGUUGGCAUGCUUGCAUUCAUGGACAGGUGAUUGAUUGACAAAGUAAAGGUCAGAUUGGAAUGAUCACUGGAGGGAGAAAAAUUAGCAGCUGGAUCAAUCAGAUAUUUUCACCUUGGUCAUCUCAUAAUUUAAAUUGUUUUAGAAAGAAUGUCUGUACUCAAUAUUUUUAUGUAUGUAAUCCAGAGUCAAGAAUAGUCAUGAAGCAUUUUAUGCUUUGUAAGAAUUAAUAAAUGCUUUCAGGAUUUGCA